AUGUCGCUGCUGCAGCGCAAGCUCUCGAUGCCGUAUUGUUUGCCAUCGAUGUCUGACCUGCAGUUAGUGUCGACGCCACACCAGGAUCGUUUCUCCCCGUCGCCAUCUUGUCUACAAGCAGUCCAUACUACAACCCCUACUAUCACCAGCCACCGCGACUCGACGCUCUUCGAUAGUGGUCGGACACUGUUGCGGAGCUGCAUCGCUGACGGAGCAAGGUAUGCAACUACAAGUGUUUUUUUAGUAGUCUUUCAAGAAUUUUAUGAACAAAAAGACAUCCAAGAAUGAACUGUAUUGUAAGCCAUUCAAGAACACUUUGUUAACAAGGUACAACUUCUGCAAAUGUAGGCUUUUCUUCAAGAUUUCAACAUAGUAUCACACUCAGUGAAACAAAACUACAAUCUACUCUAUUACUGACUGUUUUUGGACUCCAAUCAGUUCUUGUCGCUCUUCUUGUUCACUACGAUUUCCUAUAGUAGAGUAGUGGUCUAAACAAGCAAGUCCUACUCUUACAGUCUUGAAGUUCUUGUCGCUGCAGUACGACUAUGCAUUACCAGUUAAAGUCUACUCAUCUCCAUACUUUAAGCUAAAAAUAUCAAUACCUCCUCCCCAACAUCAGCUCUACAUCAUCUCAUCUACAACUUUACAGGGAUUUACUGCUGGCGCCCCGUUGUAGUACUGCGAUCCUUACACAAGAAAAAACGCCGAAAGAUGGUAUGGCCAUGGAUGUGGUGACUAAAGCGAGCGACGCUGCUGGGACACGAGUAGAACCAGCUGAAGAGAAAUCACUUGACGAACAGACCGAGAUCGAGAGCAGCUCGUCCUCCGUCUCCGAACGGUACUAUUGCUUUCCACGACCCACCUAGUGACUAAGUAAGUAGAUGUCGCAUAAAGGUUACUGUUUCAGCUAUGUUGGUUCUCUGAUUCAUCAUAAGUAGUCAUACUACUUCUUGCUCGUUCUUGUAGUUCAGAGCCAUCUUUCUACUGCACUUACAACGUUCUAGCAGUUGCACUUGCGCGAAUCUCUAGUACUACAUCUACGUCUUCAGGGAAGAUAAACUACUGCAGCUGCAAGCCAACGGCCUCCUGGAUGUCGAUGGGGAAAGUCCUGUCGCCGAUCAUCAUCUUCCCAGCAGUACUGCACAUGAAGCGCCAGCUCCUCACGAUACAACUACACAAGAACAAGAGCAAGAAGUUCGUGAAGAUGGUGGAAACAAUUCUGAAGAACAGGAAAAAGACAACAACAGUGCUGAGCGGUAUACUGCAGACCAAGGACAUGAUGAUGCGCGUCGUGGUCCUUACACCGCUGCCGCCCUUCAGAUCAACACGAAUGCAGCACCAGAUCAUGAUGCUCACGCUUUCUGCGCAGCUGCUGCUGAGAACAAGCUAGAAGUACAGAAUAUUGAAUUCAAGCAGCAGGAGGAACAGGCCACGGACACUAGUGAAGAAAUCCUGGAAAAAAUUUGCGCCACUUUUACGCCGCAUGAGCGACUCGCAAACUUCUGGCCACAACCGGAGGCCACUCGCUCCUUGCCUACUUUAUGACGAAGAAGAAGAUACUCACUUUUAUACUAUUCGCGUUCAUCAAGAUCAUGUUGACAGAGUCAGAACUUCGAUAGUCUAGACGAGCUUCGAUAGUCUAUACAAGAAUACCAAUAGCAGAGAGCUUUUCUUUUGGCAAUAAAAAUCAUAAUCAUAUCCGAUGACACCAAAUAGAACAGCAACAAUAUGACAUAACUUGAAUUCCCUCGGGAUAAUUUGUUGCAUGCUCUAGGAGAUCGAGAUACAGAUCAGAAAAAUGAUUAUUCACACUUUUAUUAUAUUGAUUGUGGUGCUGCUUGACCACGGAUGUUUCGUAUGAAGUGAGCAGGGCUUUUCUGUCUCCUGAGCAGUUUCCGUGUAUCUUGUCCAUCUAUCUUCUCUACUUGUUAAUAGACGCGUCACCAUGUUGGCAUGAUCUGUGUCUGUGAGUCGUGAUGGAGAAGUAGAUUAAACCUUAGCGUGCUUGCCUCGUCUUUCUCUCUAGUUUAGUUAUCAAGUUUGAUGAGUCUUCACCUCGUAGCCCGGUCCCGCGACGUACUUUCAUAAAAUUCAUCGGAUGUAACCUAUUUGCCGAGCCGGUCCCAUCUCUUUCGGAACAACACCAGCGCCAGGCCUGCUCAUACUAGUAGAAGUAUCCUCCGGGAUGGCGGAAAAAUAAGUACGAGAACAACUACAUACGAGUUCUUGUAUCCCCACAAGAUGAAGAAUAUGUUCGCCUGCCUCGCUUCAGACGACAGCGCAGAGAUGAUUCAUACUGAAACUGGAGCUGGCAAAACUACAAUCAAUGAGGAGGAGGUCACGCCUCCUACAACUCCUGCUUCUACAGCUACAAGAAUUACUUCUACUACGUCAACCGCUUCUACUACGUCGUCUACUGCGUCUACCACGUCAAUUGCAACUGCUUGCUUUACUACGAUGGCACGUGAAAAGCCGAAAAAACGCCACGCGAGAGAUGGUAGCGACUUGAAGAACAGAUCGCAGAAGGUGAAGCGGCAACCUUCUGGAAGCAAAAAUAACUACAAGAACAAGCAGGACGGGAACAAAAAAGAUCCGCAAGAAGAUGGCAGGAAAAAAGAUCUUGUUCAAGACGAAUGCUGUGGAUCUUCUUCGCCUCCAUCUUCUUCCAGCAAGAAGAAGAUGAUGUCUCAUCUGUCAUCUCUAUUUCUCCAGGCCAGCUUGCGGGGAGCAUUUCCAGGUCCUACCAAGAGAAAGCAUAACCGUGAAGGUGAACAACAGCAAGAACUGCUAGUAGAAGGUGUUGGCGCGGCAGAGGAACGCCGUCUACCUCUAGUACAACAGGUCUUGUUCAUCUCGACGAGAAACAUUUUUCAUCUACUUGCGAUGAAACUACCGACGGAGCGCCGACUGCGGUGGUGCUGGCAGCCUUAUAGUAGUAUUCUUUGUAGUGCAAGAACUAGCUCUAGAAGUAUUAAAAGAAACUACGUGGAAGUCGUGCAGAUGCAGAUGCAGAAAGUAAGGUCGAAGAUCGAGACCAUGUUCACGAGCUCAGUUGCGUCGUCCGCUUCGUUGCAGAGAGUGGCCACUCCCAAGGUGAAGGUUAUGAUCCUCAUGAUGGCUAUUCAUCUUCAUGAAAAUGACAGAUCAAACGAUAGCUCUUGUUGUAUAUCUAAAGCAGGGUCAACACUUCCAGGAUAAACUGUUGAUAAUAAGUUCUAAUUUAACGUUGAUUAUCGUCAUAUAAGUAGCUUGUUGAUAAAGAUUUUUGACGUCAUCGCCUCGACUCUUUCUCUUCCAUUGUAUUGUCUUCAUGGCGCUUCUUCUAAUAACUUUUGGCGCAAGUCGUGCGGAAAACGAGGAAAAAAUGUGACAAAGUUCAGCGCUUCUCCAAUGCAGCCACGUUCCAGCUCUAAGGCUCACACAUACUAUACCUAUACUAAAUUUUCCUUGUUCAACACAGCCAGUCUGCUCCAUUCCUUUUGUGAAUUAUGAGAGAGGGAGAAGAUGAGCUUAGAAUACGAACAACAAUACUAUGUAUAUGAAUGUAUAUGUAGCUGUAUGUUCAAUCAAGUAUAGACGAAGUGGCCCUGAGCUCUAAUUCGCGUUCAUUCACGGAUGUCGUGGGCAUGGCUUUGUUGAUGCUUGGUCUUCUCGUAUCUUACGGGAUAGCGACGAACGUGGGCAUCGGCGCAAGAGAAGGAGAACAAACACCUAAAACCGUCGUAAGGGAGGAGGUAGCGCUACAAGAGCUGACAGGCCUGAGAAACAAGGAGAUUCUUGAGGAUAAAGCGAAAGCGCAUCCCCUGCCCCUGCCGAAGGACUGCGCGACCGGCGUGGACACGUGGAAAACAGGAUGGAUAUGGGUAGACGCCUCUGUUGAAGAGCCAUACUCUAUCCUUGGACAUACUUUCGUCGUUGAGCGUCGAGGCGUUGAAGAUGUCACGCUUAAAUUUUUCGAUUGGCAAGAUAUCUGGGUGAAGCUUAACACAGAAGCUUCUAUUAUACCUCACCGUCUAGUAGAAGAGCGACUUUCUGGGCUGCUACAGGCCGCUAAGGACGAGGAAGCCGGUUCCAAUUCCCUCAGCAUAAGUGACGAGAAAGAGUUGGCUUUAGUAGGAGCUCCGGACCGGCGUCGAGAAGAGCGACUUUCUGGGCCUCUACAGGCCGCUAAGGACGAGGAAGCCGGUUCCAAUUCCCUCAGCAUAAGUGACGAGAAAGAGUUGGCUUUGGUAGGAGCGGACAAUGAUGCGUACUCAUUUGUUUUCUAUGAUUCUACUGAGAGAGCCUGAAUAGAUUUUACUCAAAGUGGUCGCUCAGCAUCUGCGUGCGCGUCAUUUACAGUUUGUACUUACUUAUCUAAAAUAGGGCUUAUUCGAAUAACCGCUCCCGCUGUUCAGGUGAUAUCCACAUGCGAAGUAGUGACAAGUUAGCAGUCAGCACUUCUUACCUAAAAAGUGGCCACGACGAACCCACCCCACCUCGACCGCUGGUUUACUUCUUUCACUUACAACAUUCCCACUACUUAUUUGUGUAAGUGCUUUGCCUUUGAAAACCUCUUUUCAAAGUGUCCUUUGGAAAUCUCUCGAAAAAGCUCCUCCAUAUUUAUUAUAUUGGGGGGCGCGGAUUGAGAGCGCCAGGGCGAAGCGAGUUUGUUGAUGCUUUCGUGCACAGAUCUCCUCCUUCAGUCUCCUUCACAAAAUCCCUGGAAAGGCUCCCUGUAUGAUGGGGCACACACACCACGGACCUGGAGUAGGCGUCUGGCGAUUAAAGCUGGCCCUCUUCGGGUUUGGUAUGCUCAAGGCGUUCGCCAUAAGCUGCCAGCGUCACGCUGUGGAGUUUGCGGGAAUGUAGGCAUGUGAAUGCUUUAUGGGGCACCAUCGUCGCAAGGGUAAAACCCUAAUCGGCGUGGAGCUGUCUUUGAUUCGUGGGACCUUCACCCUGUGCAACUGUUUCUGUCGCCUUGUCUGCUUGCUUCAUAUGUUGCGGCUGCGAGCUAGCUAGCACUCGAUCACUUCGAACGGAUAAGGAACCCAUGCGAAGUAUGGCCAUUAUCGGAUGAUGAUAGGCGUGCAGACCCCAGCCGCCUGGCAUUCUACACCGUGGGGGCGUCACCGUGUUGGAAGGGACACCCGGGUCUCCUCAGCUUGUGAAGCUUGGCCGCAUGGUUGAUUUGGAUAAGUUUCGUGGAUCUUGGUCGCGUAUUCAGAUCGCCCUGACACUUUCAAAACCGCCGCUAAAUGACGGGGGCACGGAUUGAGUGGGUCGGGAGGAGGCCAGGCAGAUACCAGGAUGCUUUAUUCGCGCAUGUUGCGUCUCCUUCAUAUAUAAGCUUUCUCUUGCAGCCUCCUGUUCCUUGGUAAUUUCCUAUAUUGAAGACUGAGCGGGGCGCAAUCUCUGGCGACUUGGUGCUCUGGGGGGCGGGUGCGCUGGUGAGCUGGUGCGGUUGUGAGGAGUUGGUGCUCUCAUGCGCUGGCACUCUCUCUGGUGGGCUUGUCGGGUGCGGUGGUGGGCGGGUCUGGUGCUCUGAUGGGCGGGCGCGCGCCCCUCAAUUUAUGAGGGAAACCAAGAAGGACGGCCGCAAUUGAGAUUUUCAAAGGAGAGGGAGACGCAGGUGAGCGGGCGAGCUGGUGCACAGGCUACCUAGCGGGCGCUCCUCUGGUGGGCGGGUGCUCUGAUGAGCUGGCGCUUGAGGUUUGGCGCGCUGAUGCUCUCGUGGGAUGGUGCUCUUGUGAACAGGACUGGCGCUCUGGGUGGCUAGCUGGUGAGCGGGUGGUCUCGUGGGCUGGUGCUGUGGUGGGUUGGCGCGCUGGUAACUGGGCCGGUCGGUGUGCCUUGGUGAACUGGUGGUCGGGUGCUCACUCUGGUAGACCGGCGCUCUGGUGAGUGGGUGCUCUGGUGGGCUAGUGCGUUGUUGCUCUGGUGGGCUGGUUCGCUCGGCAUGUUCUGGCGCCGUGGUGUUCUGGUCGAGUGCUGUGGUAAGUUGGUCGGCUUCUUGGGUUCUUCUCUGGCUCGUGCUUUGGUGGUGUUGGUGGUCUGGCUCAGUCUCGUGUGUCGUGGCUGGUGUUGUUGUGCUGCGGCGGGUGCCUGCGGGUGUGCUGUCCUUCACUUCUUGAGCUGUCCCCAUCGCAUUAUCGGAGGCUGGGUUUUUGCCUUGCUUAGUAGUUGCUUUGUGUUUCGUUGUGCUUUUUUGUUAUUUCUGUUCUGUUGUCUGUAUAUUCUUCAGCCGUUGUAAUUUUCGGCAAACGAGGGGAGAGGCCCACUUGCAAAGCAACCGACAGAGCAACGGCGCAGCCAGUGGGGAAAGCUAUCAUAUGCAAGUGGGCAAGCCCAUGGGAGUGGGUGGCGAAAUGUCAACAUGUUGAAUAUCAUUUUUUACAACCGGCCUUGCCAUUAUAUUCUUCAUUUUUCUCAAAUGAAAACACGCCCAGGCGCACGCUGGAGAUGA